AUGCUCUCUCGCACCGUCUCCAACGUUGCCCGCCAGGCGACCCGCGUCCGCGCCUUCUCCUCGCAGGCCGCCGCCGUGAGCCCCGCCUCGCAGAAGUACAUCGACCUCGAGGACCGCUAUGGCGCCCACAACUACUCCCCCCUCCCGGUGGUCCUUUCCCGCGGCGAGGGCGUCUACAUGUGGGACGUCGAUGGCAAGAAGUACUACGACUUCCUGGCGGCCUACUCGGCCGUCAACCAGGGCCAUUGCCACCCGCGCAUCCUCGAGGCCAUGACCGCCCAGGCCGGCCGCCUGGCUCUCACCUCGCGCGCCUUCUACAACGAUGUCCUCGGCGAGUAUGAGCGCUAUGCCUGCGAGCUUUUCGGCUACGACCGCCUGCUGCCCAUGAACACCGGUGUCGAGGGCGGCGAGACUGCCAUCAAGCUGGCCCGCAAGUGGGGCUACAUGGUCAAGAAGAUCCCCGAGGACCAGGCCGUGGUCAUCUUCGCCAAGAACAACUUCUGGGGCCGGACCCUGGCGGCUGUCAGUGCCUCCAACGACCCGCUCUCCUUCAAGAACUACGGGCCCCUGCUGCCGGGCUUCCGUUCGGUGGACUACGAUGAUCUGCCCGCGCUCGAGGCCGCCUUCAAGGCCGAUCCCAACAUCUGCGCCUUUAUGGUUGAGCCGAUCCAGGGCGAGGCCGGUGUCAUCCUCCCCACUGACGGCUACCUGAAGGCUGUUCGCGCUCUUUGUGACAAGUACAACGUCCUCUUCAUCGCCGAUGAGGUCCAGACCGGCCUCUGCCGCACUGGCCGCAUGCCCGACGUGCUGAUCCUCGGCAAGGCCCUGUCCGGUGGUAUGUACCCCGUGUCGGCCGUCCUCACCAGCCACGAGGUCAUGAACACCAUUACUCCCGGCACCCAUGGGUCCACUUACGGCGGUAACCCGCUGGCCUCGGCCGUGGCCACCGCCGCCCUCAAGGUCCUCGUCGAUGAGAACCUGGCCGAGAACUCCGCCCGCAUGGGUGAGAAGCUGCGCGCCGGUCUGCGUGGCUUCGAGUCCACCGGCCUGGUGGCCGACGUCCGUGGCCGGGGCCUGCUCAAUGCCCUGCAGAUCAAGCCCAAGGGCGACGUCGACGCCUGGGAGAUCUGCCUGCGCCUGCGCGACCGCGGUCUCCUGGCCAAGCCGACUCACAACAACACCAUCCGCUUUGCCCCGCCUCUGGUCAUCAACGACCAGCAGAUGGACGAGUGCAUCAACAUCAUCGGUGACGUCCUGCACACCGUCUAA